UAUUGGAAAUCGACCAACGGUAGCAACUUUAGCCAAAAGAUCAAGGACAUACUUCUCUCUCUACAAUGGCUUCUCAACUACUGAGACGACUUCUUCCAAACCCUUCUCUGCUCUACGACUCUCUCAAACUCAAAGCCAUCUCUUCACCACUCCGGACUUUAUGUUCAUCUGCUUCAUCCUCUGAUCAGCCCAUUCGCGUCACUCUUUUCCCAGGCGAUGGUAUCGGUCUCGAAAUCUCUGAAUCCGUUAAGCAGGUUAUAUCUGCAGCUGAAAUUCCUAUAGAAUGGGAAGAACAUUUUGUUGGGGAUAAGGUGGACCCUAGGACUGAGAGUUUUUUGACAUAUGAAAGUCUGGAAUCAGUCCGUCAAAAUGGUGUUGGACUGAAAGGGCCAAUGGCUACACCAAUUGGUAAAGGGUUCAGGUCCUUGAACCUUACUCUAAGAAAAGAACUUGGCCUUUACGCGAAUGUCAGACCUUGCUACAGCAUUCCCGGAUACAAAACUCGAUAUGAUGAUGUCAAUCUUGUAACGAUUCGCGAAAACACUGAAGGAGAGUACAGUGGCCUGGAGCACCAAGUGGUGAGAGGUGUUGUUGAAAGUCUCAAAAUCAUUACUCGUCAAGCAAGUCUUAGGGUAGCAGAAUAUGCUUUUCACUAUGCUAAGACCCAUGGAAGGCAGAAGGUGUCUGCUAUACAUAAAGCUAACAUUAUGAAAGUGUCGGAUGGUCUUUUUCUCAAGUGUUGUCGUGAAGUUGCAGAGAAGUACCCUGAAAUAAAUUAUGAGGAAGUCAUCAUUGACAAUUGCUGUAUGAUGCUUGUGAAAAAUCCUGCACUCUUUGACGUACUGGUUAUGCCAAAUUUAUACGGAGACAUAAUCAGUGACCUCUGUGCUGGUCUGGUUGGGGGCUUGGGUUUAACUCCCAGCUGUAAUAUUGGUGAGAAUGGCAUCAUUGUGGCUGAGGCUGUUCAUGGUUCAGCUCCAGAUAUUGCAGGGAAGAAUCUUGCCAAUCCAACGGCCCUACUGCUGAGUGCGGUUGCAAUGUUAAGGCAUUUAGGACUUCAUGAAAAGGCGGAUCAGAUCCAUGAUGCCAUCAUUAACACAAUAGCAGAAGGAAAGUACAGAACACGCGACCUUGGAGGCACUUCUUCAACAACAGAGUUCACUAGAGCAGUCUGUGACAACCUUUGAGGCAAAUUAACAAGGACUUGGUUGUGAUUGGUAACGAACUAUGGGUUGAAUACCACAUACACAAUGCCGGUGCCACUUACAAAACGUGUUGGGAGCGAGGACUGAAUGUGUGUAUAAACAAAUUCUUUUCUUCACGGAUGACUAUGAGUGACUUUUUCUUUUUCCGGGUAGAGAAGAAUCGAUUGUCCAAUAUCUUUUAUAAGCCUUUAAGGUUGUGAUUCAAUAUUGUAAAAAAUCACAUUUAAUGCAUUUUUCAUAAAUGUGUAACACAGUUAUUAUACUAGGCUUUAAUUGGUCGUGCA